AGUACUACAGAGUCGAUAUGGGUGCAGUAGGAGUCAGUAAAAGCGUUUUUACGGCAAAUUAACAUAGAUACGUUAUUCGUCGUGAUCAUUGGCAGACAACCCGUAAUUUUUUGAGCAAUUAAUUUAUUUGAAUCAAUCAUGGAGACGGAAAAUUUAGAGCUGGAAGACGGUGAACUUGUCGAUGACGACGAGCCUAUCGAACCAUUUGGGACGUAUAAUGUUCUACAAAGGCCACAAUUACAUCAACAACCAAAUCCUCAAGCCGAACAAUUUGAUAUUACUUACAGCGAUGAAUCGGACGUCUACGCAUCUUCUGAAUCGGAUUCAGAUUCGGAUACAGGAUAUAAAAAGGCAAAACGACCCAAAGCAACUUUCAAAAAGCGACCAGGACCCAGAUCGAUGAGUAAUGAUAAAUUUAAGGUCUGGUGCCAUCAAGUACAGGAAGAAUCUCUCGCGGAGGACCUGGUAACUUGCGGCGUUACCAGGAAUAUGUUUGCAGAUAGACAGGUGGAGAGUUACGAUUAUACGCUAGGGCGUCGUCUCGACGUCGAGGAGAAGUCCUCAGAUGAAGAACCAGCUCCAAGAUUGACAAAUAAGCGGACGCGUAACGAUAGGAAAAAUGUAAAAUUGAGGCUAGGUAAAAGGGAUUGGCAUGAAGAAGAUGAAGAAGAUCCUAAAGGUUCUUCAAGGAUACUACCAAAUUUGAUUGUCACGAUAGAAUCAACAGACGAUGAAGUAGCAUCUGAUAUUGCAGAGAAACUUUCAGAAAGUAAAGAUACUCUAAUAAAGAGAGUAGUUGAAAUUUUGGGAAAAGAAAUGGCAAUUGGAUUUUUUGAAAAAACAAAAAAGAUUGAAGAAGAAGGUGGCAUGUUAAUAAUGAAUGGUUCAAGAAGAAGGACAGCAGGAGGGAUUUAUCUUUUCCUUGUUAAAAAUGAUGAUCACAUUCCACAACCCAAAAUACGUGAUAUAUUUUAUCAAGAUAGAAAAGAGACUGCGGGUCAGAAAAAAAUGUCUGCAGCUACGCGCAGGAAACAAGAAACUCAAGAAUUAAUGCAAUUUUUAGAAAAUGGGUCAAAUAAAGAUUUACCAGCUCUACUAACACGUGCAGAGUUGUGUACAAAAAGAAUAGCAGAAGAAGCACGUUUGAGGCGAGGUGAAAGCAGGGACAGGAGUGACAUGGAUGCAGAAAGAACUGUUUCGAACCCUCCUCCCAGUCCUGUUACAGAUGAUCCUGAUCAUGCUGAACAACUAAACUCUCACCCUGUAAAUUCAAGGCAGUUGCAAGAAUAUGGCGAUGAUUUUCUUGACGUAGGGGAAGAAUUUGACAUGGAAGUGUUUUAAAUAAAUUUUAUAGAUCGUUUUUUAUGGUUUGUAAGAUCUUUAAUUAUAUAUAUAUGAAAUUUGAUAAUAUUUUCAUAAGGUGUUCAUUAGAAUAAUAUAAUUAUUGACACAUUUCUCUGCGGAAUUCAUGCAUGCUAUGAUUGUAAAUAAUGAUGCAAAUAAGACAGAAAUUCUCUCUUCUACAUAGCAGUACAGGCUUGAUAAAAUUUAUGACAUCUUUCAGAAAAAUGAAUUUUAUGCAAUACUAAGUAAAUUCUACAUACUUUGAUAUCAGAAUCUUCGGUUAUGUUUAUCAUCAAAAUAAACGUAUAGAAGAAAUUCUUUUUAAUUUGAUUAUUCACACAUUUUUCCGAACAUUUUCUUUUUAAAGUAAAAAGUAAAGAAAAUGAUACUCUUGAUGUAAUUCUGUUUGUUUUUAAAACAGUUAGGCGAGUCUAAUUAUUAAAGUAUUGAGAUUUAGAAUGUUGAAAAUUUAUUUUUCCAGGAAACAAAUAUAACAUGAUAAAAAUUCAAAAAAGGUCAAAUCAAUUAAACGAUUAUGUAAAACAGAAUGCUUAAUUCUUAAUAAUUUGACUUGCAUAAAUUUAUUUAUACAAUGAUAGAAUUAUUUUUAUGGCCAAUGUAUAUUUUACAUUUGUGUUUUCAGUAUACAGGUAUUUAAUUAAUUUAGAGUCAUUCACGUGUAUAGUAAGAUAAUUGUUAAUUAUAUUGUAAGAAUUUAACGUUGUCAAUAAUUUUUUUACAGUUUAGCUUAUCGUAAGUCUGCAUUACUAUGCACUGCGUCAAUUAAAGUGCAUAAAUGCCUUGUAAAUACAUAAUAUAAUUAAAUAAAAAAAAUAAUGUUUCUAAAUUUUAAUACAAUAAAAAAACAUUAACGAAUGUUAUUAGCAAUGAAGUUGUCGAAAUACUGUACAUGAACCAAAUCUUUUCAUUGAUCACUAUUUACAUCAGUUGAUUUAAAAUAAACUUUGUACAAACUAA